AUCGGAUAGUUCUUUGGCUAUCUUUCCUUGAAGGAAUUGCCAUCAAAGAAUUUGAAGGGCAGGACCCAGCCAAGGACCGAGGUUUGAGAGGCAGUGCUGAUCCACACACGUUGCAAGAGGAAAUAUUCAUCCACACAACUUGAGCUGCAUCAAGCAAACCAUAUGAUGGCGUUUGCGCCCAGCACAUCGGCCCUCAGAGGCUCGAGCUGCGCUGGACAGCCAAGCAUCUUGCCAUCAUCUGCACAGCUUCCUUUGAGGCCUCCAGUGAGAGCAGCACGGUGCUCCAGCAAUGCGACCACCACAGCCAGCAGCACAGGCUUGCUGUCCAGCAAACGGUCUCCCACCAUUGCAGGCACAGCAGGCCCAGCACAGAGCUUUCUAGGGCGGCAGAACAAGCGGGGCAUGCAGAGAGGCUCCCAGCUUGUAGUAAGGGCAGACGUGGACUACUACAGUGUGCUUGGAGUCGACAAAAACACCGACAAGAAAGCCAUCAAGCAGGCAUACAGGCAGUUAGCGCGCAAGUACCAUCCGGACGUCAACAAGGAGGCUGGUGCUGAGGAAAAAUUCAAGCAGAUCUCCAAUGCCUAUGAGGUGCUCUCAGACGACCAGAAGCGCAGCAUCUACGACAGAUAUGGGGAGGCCGGGCUGAAGAAUGGCAUGGGGGGCAUGGGAGGCGCAGACAUGGGGGGUUUCAACAAUCCAUUCGACCUCUUCGAGCAAUUCUUCGGCGCCAGCGGCGGCCGGGCCGGCGGCGCCAGCGGCUUUGGCGGGUUCGGGGGCGGAUUUGGGGGUGGGGCGCGCUCUCGCGCUAUGCAGGGAGAGGAUGAGAAGUAUGAGCUCAAGCUGGACUUCCUGGAUGCAGUGUUUGGCGCCAGCAAGGAGAUUGAGGUCAGCCGGCUGGAGGCGUGCGGCGCGUGCACAGGCUCGGGCAUCAAAGCCGGCACAUCAGCGGCCACCUGCAGCACCUGCGGCGGCUCUGGGCAGGUCGUGCAAGCGGUUCGCACACCCCUGGGCGUAUUCCAGCAGGUGAUAACGUGCCCGGACUGCGAGGGCGUGGGCGAGCGCUCGACGCCGUGCAACACAUGCGGCGGCGACGGCCGCGUACGGAAAUCCAAACGCAUCGCCCUGCGCGUUCCCCCAGGGGUGGAUGCGGGGAGUCGGCUGCGCGUGAGGGGUGAGGGAAAUGUUGGGCGACGGGGGGGCGAACCAGGGGAUUUGUACGUGUUCAUCUCUGUGAAGCCGCACCCGGCGGGGUUGAAGCGCGAAGGCACCACCAUCCACUCAGACGUCGACAUCUCCUUCGUGGAUGCCAUCCUUGGAACCACCGUCAAGGUGACGACAGUGGACGGUCCAGUGGAUCUGCGGAUACCUGCAGGCACGCAGCCGGGGACAACACUUGUCAUGGGCAAACGUGGCGUUCCCCGCCUCGGCAAUGAGACACUCCGGGGGGACCACCAGGUGCAUGUGCGCGUGACCAUCCCUCAGAAGCUGAGCAAGGACGAGACAAAGCUGGUGGAGGAACUCAAGGAGCUGCAGGAAAGCAGCAGCAGCAAGCGCUCCAGGCUCUUCUUCUAGACUAUGCGAUGAAGCAUCUUGCAAAAUUGUCCAGCAACAUUUGUGUUUAGCAAAUUUUCCCAAGCGGCAUGCCUGCUGCAAUGCGUAGCGGUUGCGCCUCUUGAUUUCUUAUUGUUUGCCAGUUGCGUGGCAUGUGUUGGUGCAUCUGUUUGUUGUUCUGGGUCUUAUCUUCUGCAAUUGUGGUGCACGGGACUCCAUCAAAGUUGUAAAGAUACCUUAUUUUUCC